AUGGAAGAAUCAGAACCCCACCUUGACAAAGACAAACACAUCUCCUACUGGCGCCGCUGCCUCCUUAGCCUCCUACCCACCCAAUACACAUCCACCGACUCCUCGCGCAUGACCCUCGGCUUCUUCAUCCUCUCAGCCCUCGAUCUCCUCUCCGCAGGCCCCGACACCUUCCCCGUUUCCCAACAAGCCGAGAUCAGAGCCUGGAUCCUGAAAUGCCAGCAUCCACACGGCGGCUUCUGCGGCUCGCCGAAUCAUAGAUAUCCGGAUGGAUUGUAUGGCGAUGGGGAGGAUAUUGAUCCGGCGAAUUUACCGGCUACGUAUUUUGCGAUCUUGAGCUUGGGGUUUGUCGGGGGAUUGGAGGGCGUGAAGAGGAAGGAGUGUUUGGACUGGUUGAGGAGGUUGCAGCGGGAGGAUGGGAGUUUUGGAGAGUUGGUAACGGUGGAUGGGAAGGUGGAGGGUGGGCAUGAUAUGAGGCAUUGUUACGUGGCUUCUGCUGUGAGGUGGAUUUUGAGGGGAGAUGUAGCUGCUGGUGAAAAGGUGGAAGGGGACAUUGAUGUGGAGGGGUUGGUGGGACAUUUGAGGAAUGGCCAGACAUAUGAUGGUGGAGUUUCCGAAAGUUCGUCUCAUGAGGCGCAUGGUGAGAAUUCCCAUCCUAUUGAAAAUCGGUUUUCUAAUGGAUCUACAGCUGGUUACACUUAUUGUGCAAUAGCGUCGUUCUCAUUCCUCAAUCGACUACCAUCCUCACCAAGUUCUGAAAAUAAGGGCGAUCUACUUCCUGGGCUUACCAAUAUUCCAGCAACAAUUCGAUGGCUUGUCUCAAGGCAAGUGGGAUACAGAGAUGAAGAAGAGGAGGACGAACCUAAAGAUCCACACAAAACCGAGCGAGAGGCUUUGGCCGGCAUCCACAACGAUACACCCUUAGUCCCAGGCUUGUCCCUUGAAGACGAAGAAUUGAUGCUUGGAGAGGACAAAUCCAAACUACCAUUCGUCGCUUUCUAUUCGAGCAGACACAACACAGGAUUGGAGGAUUUGGAAAAUAUCCCGGAAAUCCACCAGGUUCAUUAUUAUUCUUCCCUGAGUAUUGCAAGUCUAACAGCCACAGAUAUCUACCAUAGCUACCUAGGGCUCGCCGCCCUUGCAGUGAUGAAGGAGCCAGGGAUAAAACCCCUUGAUUCGGCUUUAUGCGUCAGCAAACAACAGAGGGAAAGAGUAACGCAGCAAAGAGAAACAGCUUCGAUCGCUAGGAAGAUCUACUGGAAGCAUGGAUACCCGAUAUCUAUCAGAGAGGACAAUCCGGAAUUCAAGGAGAAGAUGGCGUCGAGUGAAGAGCCCCCAAAGUCCAUCAAGGACGUUGUUGGGCCAGCUUGA